AUGCCGUCCGUCUGUGUCUACCUGAGACGAGGCAUCCUGAGGAGAUACAGGCAGGUUCCUCGGACCGAAGCCGACGGAGCUUUCAGCUACGGCCGAGCCUCAAACAGACGAGGCCUGCUGAAGUCUGGAGUUUGCGGCUGCUGUGGGCCGCUGAGGCCGAGGUACAAACGCCUGGUGGACAAUAUCUUCCCUGAAGAUCCCAAAGAUGGGCUGAGUAAGUCGGACAUGGAGAAGCUGACCUUCUACGCUGUGUCAGCUCCAGAGAAACUGGACCGGAUCGGAGCGUACCUGGCCGAGAGGCUGAGUAGAGACGUGGUGCGACAUCGUUACGGGUAUGUGGUGAUAGCCAUGGAGGCUCUGGACCAGCUGCUGAUGGCUUGUCACUCUCAGAGCAUCAAACCCUUCGUGGAAAGUUUCCUGCACAUGGUGGCAAAGCUGCUGGAGUCCCGAGAACCAGACCUGCAGGUCCUGGGAACCAAUUCGUUUGUGAAGUUUGCCAACAUCGAGGAGGACACGCCUUCCUACCACCGACGCUAUGAUUUCUUCGUCUCCCAGUUUAGUGCCAUGUGCCACUCGACCCAUGAAGACGCAGAGACCAGAACCAGGAUCCGUGUGGCGGGGAUCAAAGGCCUGCAGGGCGUUGUGAGGAAGACGGUGAACGACGAGCUGCAGGCAAUCAUCUGGGAGCCUCAGCACAUGGACAAGCUGAUCCCGUCCAUGCUGUUCAACAUGCAGGACAGCGAGGACCUGGACAG